AUGGAUCCAUAUUGGCGGUCUAGAAGUUAUGUUAUCGAGCCACUUAGAGAACGCCGAAAAGUGAGCAACAAAGUUUUCUCGCGACUCAGCCAUGCAUCUGGUUGUUGCGGCUACUGCAGAAGUCGAGGGAAGAAAGAUGGGAUUCGCCACAAUUUAUCUCCAUUAGUCCGGAUUGAAGGGUUCUUGCUCGCUGGGGUUGUGCUGAUGUAUUUGAGGGUUAAGCAUUUUGGGAGAUUUAUAGCGGUCAGGUGGCUCGCUGAAAAGGCCAUGGAUCUUGAAUCCGCCAGAACUGGUGCUUCCGACUCUCUUCCACCGGGAAACAACAUGAUCUGA